CGACCGCUUCAAUUGCCGCCGCCGUUGUCUCUGGGAAACCCUGCGAAGGCCGCUAGCCGAGCGCUGCCUGAGCUCCGCCCGUCACGGACAUGUCUGACGAGAAGGAUUCCCGGAGGGCAGGCGAAGAGAAAGGAGAGGAGCCGGUGGUGCGCACCGUCCCCUGUAGUGCGCGCUCGGCGAAGCGGGCGGCGCAGGAGCCCCCGAAGCUGGAAGCGGCGGGGGCUGACGGCGGCUCUGACAGCUGCUCUGACGGCGGCUCUGACGACCUCGGCUGCGGAGGGGCGCCCAUAGACCCCGGUCUCCUGGAGCUUGUGGCCGACGAGGAGAAAUGCCGGAACAUCCGCAAGCAGUACCGGCAGCUCAUCUACAGCGUGCAGCAGAACCGCGAGGACAUCGUGAACACGGCGAGCGACUGCUUAACCGAGGCGCUGGAGGAAGCCAACGUCCUGUUCGACGGAGUGAGCCGGACGCGGGAAGCCGCUCUCGAUGCCCAGUUUCUUGUUUUGGCGUCCGACUUGGGUAAAGAGAAAGCAAAGCAGCUGAACUCUGAUAUGAGCUUUUUUAAUCAAGUAGCAUUUUGUGACUUUCUGUUUAUAUUUGUGGGUCUAAACUGGAUGGAGGACGACGGACGUGAUGCGCUGAGUGGCUGCGAUGACAGCAUCGCGCGCUCCUUCUGGGAGACGGUGCAUGAGGAGGCGACGGCCUGGAUAUCGCGAGCUGAAACAUUCCACUUCAUUUUUGGUUCAUUCAGGUCAGAGUCUUCCGCACCAAAGCCGCGACCUGGACACCAUAAAAAAGCGCACAGAGUGGAAGAAAACGGGGAUAUGCCUACAAAGCUGAGGAGGCUGGACCUGGGUAGUAAUCAAGAAGGGACAGAAAAAGAAGUAGAAAGAAUCUUGGGAUUGUUGCAAACGUACUUUCGAAAGUAUCCUGACACUCCCGUGUCCUAUUUCGAGUUUGUGAUUGAUCCAAAUUCUUUUUCUCGUACUGUGGAGAAUAUAUUUUAUGUUUCUUUCAUUAUAAGGGAUGGUUUUGCAAGAAUAAGGCUUGACCAAGACAGGCUGCCAAUAUUAGAGCCAAUUAAUAUGAACCAAGUGGGUGAGGAAAAUGAUCCCAGUUUCCAUGGCAGGAAACAAGGAGUUAUAUCUUUGAGUUUACAGGACUGGAAAAAUAUUGUGGCGACUUUUGAAAUUUCAGAGGCUAUGAUCACAAACUCCUACUAAAUAUUUUUCUUAGUAUAUAGCAUUUUGUGUCUUUUCUAAAAUAUCCCAAAAUAGAUUGUAAAAUCCAGACAGAAGCACAUAUUGUAUCUCUUGUAAAGUGAGAAAGUAUUUUCAAGAACAUCAGAAAUUGUCUUACUGUGCAGUGUAUUUUUCUUGGUAGUUUAUAAGGUUGUCAUGAUCUUCUGUUAUAUAAAAAAAAUCACUGGCAUGUUCAUGGAAAAAUUUUUGAGUGUCCUUUAAGAUUUUAUUAAUAAAAAUCAGUUCCAAAUUUCA